AUGGAUUUCGCUUGUGAAGUGCUUUUAAAGGAUGGCACUUGGGCACAGGAAAAUCUGCAUGCCAUCUGCGGACACAGGUUGCGUGCCAGUUGCGAACCGAAAAGAAGUAUCUGCGGUCACUUGCGUGCAGACCAAUCCAGUUGCGUGCACAUUAGACCUAGUGAGCCGAGUAUCUGCGGGCAUCUGCAAGCAUCAGCGCACCUUGCUGAGAUUUCAUAUUUCUUGAGAUUUCUUCAAUGA